AUGAAGCUUGUCAGGUUUCUCAUGAAGUGCCAGAACGAGACUGUCACGGUCGAGCUCAAGAAUGGCACAAUCGUCAACGGUACCAUCGCCUCCGUCUCCCCGCUGAUGAACGUCGCGCUCCGAACCGUCAAGUACACCCCCAGGGGCCGCGACACAGUUACGCUCGACACCAUGACCGUCCGCGGCUCAACAGUCCGAUACAUCAUUCUGCCUGACUCGCUCCCGCUCGACACUCUACUCAUCGACGACUCGCCGAAGCCGAAGAACAAGGCCAGGAAGGAGGCAGAUCGCGGCCGUGGUGGUGGGGGUGGUGGCGGCAGGGGUGGAGGUAUGAGAGGCGGUCGCGGACGGGGUCGCGGCGGCGGCAGGGGACGAGGACGAGGAAUGUGA